AUGGCUUCCGCUAUAUCCACUAUUGCCGAGUUCUCGUAUGGUCUUUUGACGCUCUCAGCAUCCAUCCUCAAGAAAGCCCGUGAGGAAGCAGCAAAAACGCACCAGUACUCGUCUGCAGAGACAGAAGCCCCGAGUGGUUGUCAAAGAUAUCGCUGCCCAAGUCCGAAGCUGGCGGGGAGUCCAGGUCGGAGUCAGAAUCCAUACAUGCACAUACAUCAACUAGCGACUGAGUUUUGA